UCCUUCUUGCCAUCCAACAGCAACAGAGCGAGGGAGUCUGGCCUUCCGGAGACUUGGGUCGUGGUUCCUGGUGCUAAGACUGUGGAGUCAUGAAGGUGGAGGAGGAGGAGGCUGGGGUAGGGAAGCUGGACCCUGCUAACUACAGGAGGCCAUGUCAGGACCAGGAAGACUGCCAUUCCAUCCACAUUGGGCUUUCCGUCCCCAGUUACCUCCAAAGGAAGAAAGACCAGAAGGGUCAGCCCUCAAGCCAGCAGAAGGUCCGCUGGGGCCUGUGGCCGGAUAGGGACCCGACCGGCGCGGGGAGCAGGACAAGCAGCAGGGACAGUGGUGCGGACCGUGCCAGCAGGACCCGGUCUCCAGCUGCUGAGCAGCUCCAGGACAUCCUGGGGGAGGACGAUGAGGCUCCCAAUCCUACCCUCUUCACAGAGAUGGACACUCUACAGCACGACGGAGACCAGAUGGAGUGGAAGGAGUCAGCCAGGUGGAUAAAGUUUGAAGAAAAGGUGGAGGAAGGAGGCGAACGCUGGAGCAAGCCCCACGUGGCCACACUGUCCCUGCACAGCCUCUUCGAGCUCCGGACCUGCCUGCAGACGGGAACGGUGCUGCUCGAUUUGGACAGCGGCUCCUUACCACAGAUCAUAGAUGACGUCAUUGAGAAGCAAAUCGAGGACGGCCUCCUGCGGCCGGAGCUCCGGGAGAGGGUCAGCUACGUCCUCCUGAGGAAGCACCGGCACCAAACCACGAAGCCCAUCCACCGCUCCUUGGCGGACAUCGGGAAGUCGGUCUCCUCCCCCGCCGGUCGAAGCCUAGCCCGGAGCCCCCCAGCCGGCCCCAGCCUACACCGCUCCACCGAGGACCUGCGGGUGCAGCCACGCAUAAGCUACGGCCAUCUGUGUCACGUCCAGAGCAGAAGCAUGAAUGAUAUUCCUCGCACCCAAAACCCAGACCAGCGGAAAAACAAAUUCAUGAAGAAGAUCCCCAAGGACUCAGAAGCCUCCAACGUGCUUGUGGGGGAGGUGGACUUCCUGGACCAGCCCUUCAUCGCCUUCGUGCGUCUCAUCCAGUCAGCCAUGCUGGGAGGGGUGACCGAGGUGCCCGUCCCCACCAGAUUUCUGUUCAUACUGCUGGGGCCUUCUGGGAGAGCGAAGUCCUACAAUGAAAUUGGCCGAGCCAUCGCCACCCUCAUGGUAGAUGAUCUCUUCAGCGACGUGGCCUAUAAAGCCCGCAAUCGGGAGGAUCUGAUCGCUGGCAUCGACGAGUUUCUGGAUGAGGUCAUUGUCCUUCCGCCUGGAGAAUGGGACCCAAAUAUCCGAAUCGAGCCCCCCAAGAAGGUGCCCUCUGCAGACAAGAGGAAAUCGGUGUUCUCCCUGACCGAGCUAGGCCAGAUGAACGGCUCUGUGGCGGGAGGCGGCGCGGCGGCAGGAGGCGGCCCUGGAGGUGGCAGUGGCGGUGGUGGGGUCGGCGGAGGGAGCAGCACGGAUGACAGAGAGAUGCCGGCCAAGCACGAGAUCGGGGAAGAGCUUAUCUGGACAGGAAGGUGCUUCGGGGGCCUGUGCCUGGAUGUCAAGAGGAAGUUGCCCUGGUUCCUAAGUGACUUCUACGAUGGCUUCCACAUUCAGUCCAUCUCUGCCAUCCUAUUCAUCUACCUCGGCUGCAUCACCAACGCGAUCACCUUUGGAGGGCUUCUGGGGGACGCCACUGACAAUUAUCAGGGAGUGAUGGAGAGCUUCCUGGGCACCGCCAUGGCCGGCUUCUUGUUCUGCCUCUUCUCGGGACAGCCUCUCAUCAUCCUGAGCAGCACAGGGCCCAUCCUCAUCUUCGAGAAGCUCCUCUUUGACUUUAGCAAAGGCAAUGGCCUGGACUACAUGGAGUUCCGCCUCUGGAUUGGCCUGCACUCAGCCAUCCAGUGCCUUGUCUUGGUGGCCUCGGACGCCAGCUUUAUUAUCAAGUACAUCACCCGCUUCACUGAGGAGGGCUUCUCCACCCUCAUCAGCUUCAUCUUCAUCUAUGAUGCCAUCAAGAAGAUGAUCAGUGCCUUCAAGUACUACCCCAUCAACAUGGACUUCAAGCCCGACGCCAUCACCACCUACAAAUGCGAGUGCGUCGCUCCGGACACAGCGAACAUAACCGGGUUCAAUGCCUCAGCCCUGCUGCCACCAAACACCAACACUUCUCUGUACAACCCCCUUAACCUCACAGCGCUGGACUGGUCCCUGCUGAGCAAGAAGGAGUGUCUGAACUACGGUGGCCGCCUGCUCGGGAAUUCCUGCCAGUUCAUCCCAGACCUGGCACUCAUGUCCUUCAUCCUUUUCUUCGGGACGUACUCUAUGACCCUGACCCUGAAAAAGUUCAAAUUCAGCCGCUAUUUUCCUACCAAGAUCCGGGCCCUGGUAGCUGACUUUUCCAUUGUCUUCUCCAUCCUGUUGUUCUGUGGAAUCGAUGCCUGUUUCGGGCUGGAAACCCCCAAGCUGCAUGUGCCCAGUGUCAUCAAGCCCACAAGGGCAGACCGAGGCUGGUUCGUGGCCCCUUUUGGGAAGAACCCAUGGUGGGUGUACCCAGCGAGCAUCCUGCCUGCCCUGCUGGUGACCAUCCUGAUAUUCAUGGACCAGCAGAUCACAGCUGUCAUCGUCAACCGGAAGGAAAACAAGCUGAGGAAGGCUGCUGGCUACCACCUGGACCUGUUCUGGGUGGGCAUCCUUAUGGCGCUGUGCUCCUUCAUGGGGCUCCCCUGGUACGUGGCUGCCACCGUCAUCUCCAUUGCCCACAUCGACAGCCUCAAGAUGGAAACGGAGACCAGUGCCCCAGGGGAGCAGCCCCAGUUCCUGGGGGUCAGGGAACAGAGAGUGACCGGCACCAUCGUCUUCAUCCUGACGGGAAUCUCCGUCUUCCUGGCUCCUAUCCUGAAGUACAUCCCCAUGCCCGUGCUGUACGGAGUCUUCCUCUACAUGGGCGUGGCCUCCCUGAAUGGCAUCCAGUUCUGGGAACGCUGCAAGCUCUUCCUGAUGCCGGCCAAGCACCAGCCGGACCACGCCUUCCUGCGGCACGUGCCCCUGCGCCGGAUCCACCUCUUCACUCUGGUGCAGAUCCUCUGCCUGGCCGUGCUCUGGAUCCUCAAGUCCACGGUGGCCGCCAUCAUCUUCCCGGUCAUGAUCCUGGGCCUCAUCAUUGUCCGAAGGCUGCUGGACCUCGUCUUCUCCCAGCACGAUCUGGCCUGGAUCGACAACAUCCUCCCAGAGAAGGAGAAAAAGGAGACGAAUAAGAAGAAAAAGAGAAGGAAAGGGGCCCAUGAGGACAGUGACAAGGAGCCCCAGUUCCCUCCUCCCUCCGUUAUAAAGAUUCCCAUGGAAAGUGUCCAAACAGAUCCCCAAAAUGGUAUCCACUGCAUUUCCAGAAAAAGAUCCUCCAGCUGGAGUUACUCAUUCUGAUUCUUCCUUCAGUGACUCAGAACCUGAUCGAAGCAUCACCUUGCACUUCAAAAUCUCCUGUCCAGCUUCACCUGCUUUCAACUACUCUCAGAGGCCAGUGUUCAUGGUGCCACAGGUGAAGAUAGAGAUGGAGUCAGACUGUGACUUCACAGACAUGGACAUGUACGGAAGAGACGCUGUCGGCGAGACCUCCCUCUAGGAGGACACAGCGUCCCCAGAGAGGGGGCAGAGGGAGGGCAUGGUUUAGUCUUCAUCGUGAGGGUCUGGGCCACAACCCUGAACUUCUCGAGCCCGUUUCCUUAUUUAACAAACAGAGUAAUUAUUCCAGCUGAUGAAAAACUGGGAAUCCGUCGAUGAAAAGUACUACUUAGGUGCAAAAUCUCCCCUUCCUUUGUAGUUAUGCAACAACGAAAGCAACAUGUUAUACAUUAUUUUAAAAUACAGGUCAGCAUAGAAAUUAUAACAUUUCUUUUGAAAUUUAAAAAAAAAAAUGCUUACCUCCCAAAACUGUGGUUAAAGGUGCAAUAGUCCAUUUUUAUUGAAAAUAAAUUAACAGUUGAGAAUUUUUUUAAAGGUUAGAUUUUAAAGUGUCUAGAUGAUUUUGAAAGAACUAUUAAAAUACCCACACUUCAGUAGAGCAAGGCUGAAAAAUUCAUCUUGCAAUUUUGCAUAUUAGGAAACACUUAAAAGUCCUAUCUUUCCACUCCAUCUCAUUCCAUUUGCUAAGGAUCAUACAAGAGCUUGAACUGUCUGCAUUAUGGGCCUUGCUCCAGCACAGAAGUGUGACUGAAAGGUCUGUAAAUGAAAGAACCAACAGAUUUGAGUGCAUAAAUAUUUCUAAAAUAAAAGUUCUUGUUAGAAUAAAACCUCAAACCAUGUUAAAUCAACACAAUGAUCCUUUGAAUGAACAUCACUGUUUUUUCAUGCCCAGAAUCAAAUUUCUGGACUUGUAGGCAGGACCUUCCUGAUUCCCAAAGUCAAACUCCCAUUCGCAUGAACAUUGCAGUUAGGCAGAGCUGAUGUCAAAUUUUGGAAGAGUAUAACUUUGUAAUAUGAGACUAAUGCUUUAAAGGAAUGAUUGGAAGCAAGUUGGGUGGAUUGAAACCCAUUGUUAAUGACGCAAAUCCUUUCCUCAAGGAACAAGAUCGGUCUUUAUCUUUAAUCCAUGUUUAGCAAACACCAACCAUGUUUUCAUUUAACUACUACUAUGUGCCUAAUAGCCGCAAUGCAUCUGACAUAAAACAACUGGGAUUUGGAUCUUGAGUAAAUCACUUUGAUUUGUUACUAAAUUUAUUCAAGAUGACAAAUGCAGGUGCUUUUUCUUUAUUCCUUCCUAUUUUUUAGACAAAUGACACUAGACUGUUGACAACUUGAGUCAACAGAACAGUUAAAUGUCUCUGUAAUUCCUAAAGCCUAGUGCAGUGACUGGUCCACAGAAAGCUCUCAAUUGUUUAUUAAAUUAAGUCUCAGAGCUCCCUUCCACGGGAUACUGCCAAGAGGUAAAGCUCUAAACCUCUGUUACUUCUGAUAGCAGCUGAAUUACUUAGCUGCUCACUAAUCUAGAACCAUUACCUGAGUUUAAGUAUAAAUUCUUUACCUGUUCCUAUCCUGGGGGAGCUAACAACCUACCCUUAACAUUUCACUGUUAAAACUUGGCUGAUUUUCAAUAGCACUCCAUCCAAACUGAACUGUAGAAAUGUUAUGGCUUCAGGAGUAAAUGUGCUUGAUUCAUCAAACAAACUGAAAAACCACAAUGUUAAUUUUUUUGUUCUGUAAACUGAUCACUGUAAUUUUCACCUCACAUGUCAUUUAUACGUUGUAUAUACAUGAACAUUUUAAUGUUGAUAGCUUUUAACAGGUUGACAUGUUACUUCUCCAUGCAGGUCAGUACAUUUUUCUGCUUGUAACUGCAGUUCAAUAAAAUGUAAUCCUGUCUGCUCA